CUGGACAAAGUCAAAAUACAGGGAAGCAGGCGCCAGGAUGAGAAGAAGGAGAUCGGGCUCUUCUUUGGUGCCUCAACCUCCGCAUUAAUUCCUUUCGAAUACACAGUCGAAGGCGACAUCUCUCUCCACCUAAACAUGACCCCGUUGUCAGCAAACGGCGAAAUCUGCCUUCUUUCGUUUCUCCCGCGAAAGGAGAAUAGACGCAGUUUUUUGAAAUUGAGACUCACAAAUGCUCACCUGGAAUUCGCUUACUUUACUGGCCCCACCUUUGCAAAGAUGAAGUAUAUUAUCACGCGAGAGAAAGUGUCACUUGGUGAACCGAUGGCUGUCCACUGCGUCCUGAAAGCCGAUGAAAGCCUCCAGGUCACCACUGAGGAUGCAGGACGGAAGGAGUUCGGGCAGGAUUACCUUGGGAAAAUGAUCAGUGACAGUGAAUACAACCAACUGUAUGAGGCUCGGUAUGACGGCCUUGUUGUCGGCUGUCCAUCAAUACGCGGUGACCAACACCCCAGCUGCGGUUUCUCCGGUUGCCUGACCGGUAUUGGCGUGGAGCUCACAACUGCCGAGAGCCUGCAGCAGAAGUAUGUGGACCUCCUGAGCUCUGGACGAGCCCGGAACAUGCGCUGGAUACGG